AUGCCUGGCUUAUAUGUGCCAAAUCAAGACAACUGCACUGGGGAGGAGAAACUGGGGAGCCUCCCCGAAUCUGUGCUUGAAAUGGGCAUGUCUGGGCAGAGCUAUAACAUUUACAAUGCUGUUUAUGCUGUAGCACAUGCUCUCCAUACUAUGUAUUCUUCGAAAACUAAACAGAAGGAAAUGGAGAAACUCAUGGGAAAGAGUCUUCUGUUACGGCCUCUUCAUGCUUUUCUGAGCAAUAUCCAUUUCAAUAAUAGUGCUGGGGAAGAAAUCUUUUUUGAUGAGGAAGGGAGCCUGCCAUCUGGAUACGAUAUCAUCAACUUGGUCACAUUCCCCAAUGACACCUUCCAGAAAGUCCAAACUGGAAGGAUGGACCCCCUGGCUCGUGAAGGAAAAACGUUCACCAUGAAUGGAAGUGCUACUGUAUGGAACCACAAGUUUAAAGAGCUAGAAUGGUUCUUGGCAGAAAUUGAGAUCUGUGGAAAUUCCAGCAAUCUCUCAGAUGAGAGCAAACAUGGAUGUUAUAAUGCAGACCAGUGUGAGAUGUGCCCAGAAGAUCAAUGUCCAAAUGAGAAACAGGAUCAAUGCAUCGCCAAAACGAUGACCUAUUUAUCCUAUGGAGAACCAUUGGGAGCGGUUUUGAUUUCUUUUGCUCUUUUGUUUUCCCUGAUCACCUUUGCUGUGAUUGGGAUCUUUGUUCUGCUCCGCAAAACUCCCAUUGUGAAAGCCAAUAACUGGAGCAUUACUUGUACCCUUCUCUCCUCUCUGCUGCUUUGCUUUCUCUGCUCCUUCCUAUUCAUUGGUCAGCCUAGGAAGGUGACCUGUCUCCUCAGACAAACCGUGUUUGGUAUCACCUUUACUGUCGCACUUUCCUCUGUGUUGGCUAAAACCAUCACUGUUGUUCUGGCCUUCCUGGCCACGAAGCCGGGAAACAGGAUGAGAAGAUGGAUAGGGAAGAGGCUGGCAGUAUCGGUCAUCAUUCUCUGUUCACUUAUUCAAAUUGGAAUCUGUGCUAUGUGGCUGGCAAACACUCCCCCUUUCCCAGAGUUUGACAUGCACUCUCAGAUCAGUGAGAUCAUGGUGCAAUGCAAUGAAGGCUCAAACACCAUGUUCUACAUCAUCCUGGGCUACAUGGGUUUUCUGGCCACCAUCAGCUUCACUGUGGCCUUCCAUGCUAGAAAGUUACCGGAUAGCUUUAAUGAAGCCAAGCUGAUCACCUUCAGCAUGCUGGUCUUCUGCACUGUUUGGAUUACUUUUGUCCCAAGCUACUUGAGCACCAAGGGGAAAUACAUGGUGGCUGUGGAGCUCUUCUCCAUCAUGGCCUCUAGUGGUGGACUGUUGAGUUGUAUCUUCCUCCCCAAAUGCUACAUUAUUAUUCUUAGACCUGAUCUGAACACCAGAGAGCAA